AUGGCCAGCUCUGGAACAGAGGUCCACUGGGUCGAGCUGGGCCUGGGGAAGGGGCCCCAGCGGCGGCGCUGGGCCUGGGCUGAAAAGGGAAAGGAUGCUGAUGAGAGUGGCACACGCAGCUCAGAAGAGGAGGGACCCUUCCCCACCGCGAGCAGCCCCGAGCUCCUGGAGGACUUCCGCCGGGCCCAGCAGUGCCUGCAGCCACUGACAUGGGGCCCAGACUCACGGCCUGCUGGUUGCCAGGUUCCCGAAUCUGGAGGGUCUGCAGAAGCGGAGUCUGAAGAAGAGGAUGAGGACAGCCCAGAAAGUUCCAACUUGCCUCUCAGCUGGCUCCCCCAGCAGGAUCUUCAACCAGACAUGACCAAAGAGGAUCCAAGUGAGGUUCUGCAAGGCUCUGAGGUCCAGGAAGCUGGAGAGAGCUCCCCGAGGUUGGAGUAUGAGACCUUUCUCAGCUCAGGGGGCCAUGGGGGCACCAGCCCCACUGCUCUGGACUGGGGUCAGCCCGCAGGCUGCGUGGCUUCUAGCAAACAAGCCAGUGGAGACAAACUUCCAGAACAUUCUGAGGUCAACCCAACUGUUGACUUCAGCUCGCCCAGGUCCUGGAGCAGUGGGACUGUGAGCCUCAACCACCCCAGUGACAACCUGGAUUCUACCUGGGAAGGAGAGACUGAUGUCCCCCAGCCCACUGCCCUGGCAGAAACUUCACCCCAGAGUCCCAGCCACCACCUCCUCAACCCAAACGACAGAACUGAAGGAAGUGUUGCUCUGGCAACGCCCACGGAAUUCCAGGGAUCCUCAGCACCACCCGCCCAGAGCCUCCCGUGUCCUGCAGAUAGAUGGAGGAGAGAAACCAGCAGCCUCUCCUGCCCUCAGCCUGGGGACCAGUCCUGGAAGCAGACACGGAUAUCACCUAAGCCACUCCCUUCCCGAUUCACAGGCUCCAUCAGCCCUCCCAACCCCUUCCCUCGGCCAGCUCGGCAGGACAGGCCACCCCCCAGGCCGGGAGCCACUCUGGCUGGCCGCUCAUCUUCUGAUCCCCCCAAGUAUGGCCGGGGGCGGCUGAACUAUCCGCUCCCUGAUUUCUCCAAGGUGGGACCCCGGGUGAAGUUCCCCAAAGAUGAGAGCUACCGACCCCCCAAGGCGAGGAGCCACAGCAGGCUGCCCGAGGGCCCUGCCAAGCCACUGAUCUUCAAGUCUCCUGCCGAGAUUGUCCGGGAGGUGCUGCUGAGCAGUGGAGACGUCUCUCCUGGAAAGAACCCACCUCCUACCCACCCCAUCACCAGGGUGCCCCAAGAAUUUCAGACACCCGAGCAAGCCACCAAGCUUGUCCAUCAGCUCCAGGAGGACUACCACAAACUCCUCACCAAGUACGCCGAGGCCGAGAACACCAUCGACCAGCUGCGCCUCGGGGCCAAGGUGAACCUGUACUCGGACCCGCCCCGGCCCAGCCACAGCAUCCACGCGGGGACGAUGCCCCAGGGGACCAAGGUCUUGUCCUUCACCAUCCCACAGCCCCACUCUGUGAAGUGGUAUGUGGGCCCUGCCGAGUGCCCGCAGGCCUCUGAGGCUUCAGGGUCGCCAUCAGCUGGAGGAGACCUGAGCCCCUCCUCACCCCCCAGCAUGCCCACCCUAGGGUGGCUUCAGGAGGACGCAGGGGGCAUUGCCCAGGACCAGCCCUCAGCGGAGCGGGCCCAGGAGCUGGCUUCUCAGGCCAGCCGGUUCCUGACCAAGGUGGAGUCCUUUAUAGAGCUGAUACACGCAGGACGGCUGACACCCCGGGACCAACUGAAGGUCUUCCAGCAGCUAGAGGCUGCCCACGCGGCCCUGGAGGAGGACUACCUGAAGGCCUGCAGGGAGCGGCACCUGUCCCAGCAGCUUGCCGGCUCCCAGGGGACACCCAGGAGAUUUGAUCCUGACAGGGAGCUGGAGGCAGAGAUAUUCCAGCUGGGAAUUCGCCUGGAUGAGCUGAAGGACCUCAUGGACCACAACGAGCAGGAGCCUGGGCAAGUCGGGUCAGACUUGGCUUUGGACAGCUCCCCAGCCACGCUCUCCCCCCACCAGCCAACAGACCCACCCUCUCCUCUGGAACAAACCCGCACAUCGGCCAUCCAGGCCCUCGGCCCUGAGCCCGACGCCACCAGCAUUGGCCCCCACCUAUUGCACAUGAACUCGGAUCUGAGCGCUCCCAGCAAUGAGGCAGAGGACGGGCCGCUGGGCCUCCCGGCCCCGCUCAGGCACAAGGAGCUGCGAGUGGAGCAGGAUUUCCACGGCUUCCUGGAGCGGUACCUCAGUGUGAAGUCCCUUCCAGAAGCCCUGAGGAUGGAGGAGGAGGAGGCGGAGGGCCAGGGCCGCACCCUGGGUUUUGACAGGCCAGCUCCAGCUCCAGGAAAAGCGGUGGCCCCGAGGCUCCCCACCAGGCAGCCCCCGGCGCAGGCUGAGAGAAGUCACGGGGUCCCCCUCGAGGAGACCGUGGAGCAGAUGGCGUCUGUGAAGCCAGCAGAUGUCUGUGCAUCCGUGACCAGAGAUGGGCACCUGCAGGGUCUAGGCAAAGCCGAGGAGGCCCCUCCCAGCCCCAGCAGGCCCCCCCAUCCUCGGGGCCCCAAGUCUGCAGCGUCUCACCAGAGCAGUCUGGCCAGCCUCGAGGGAAGUGGCAUCUCCGAGCGCCUCCCACCAAAGUCUCUGCACCAGGCCGGCGGGCCCCCGCUGGAGGAGCCCUGGAUGGCCUCCCCGGAGACAGACAGUGGCUUCGUGGGCUCAGAAACCAGCAGAGUGUCGCCCCUCACUCAGACCCCAGAGCACCGGCUCUCCCAGAUCAGCACCCCAGGGACGUUAGUCCAGUCCUUCACUCUGCCUGUACCCCGAGAUGCAGCCCCCCACCACCAGACCAGGGGUCUUCCCAUCCCCAGAAGAACCUCUGAGCCCAGCAGACCCAGAAGCCGAGCCCAGAGGCCCCCGUCUGGCCAAGACAGUCCUCUCCAGCAGAGGGCACCCAGCUUCUGCCUGGAGCGGGCACUGGCGUCUGAGAUGGAGGUCCCUGGCUCAGAGUUUAAGGGGCGGAAGCGGAUUCCUGAACCGAUCCUCCCUAGCGCGACAAUCAGCCCACCUCCCACCCCUGCCCCUGUGGCUGCCACUCCGCCCCGUGAACCCGCAGAGAUCACCUCCACCUUCUUCCUCACCAGGACAGGGCGCGACCAGGCCAUCCGGGACCUGCAGGAUGAGGUCUCCCGGCUCCGUCUGAGGCUGGAGGACAGCCUCCACCAACACCCCCAGGGCCGCCCCACGCGCUCAGCGUCCGGCUGCGCCCGCCCCACCCGGGCCCGGAAGCGGUCAGGAGAUUCCUCAGCCGCUUGGAGCUCCCAUUACGGCAGCAAAUCCACGGAGAGGUCGUCUGGUGAGCCCGGGGGUGCAGAGCAAGCUGUUCCCACGGGAAGGCGGCGAGCCAGGUCCUCCUCGGUGCCUCGGGAGGAGCCUCGACUGUCCCUGAGUUCCGAAUCUGAGCCAGCCUCCCCCAGGUUGUUUUCUGAGAGGGGCAGGACCACCGAGAACAGUCCGCAGGCCGCUCGGGAUGGAACAAAAGAAGUGAGCAGCACCGGACGGCCUGACAGGGUCACCUUCCGAGGCCAAUACACAGGCCAGGAGUACUAUGUUCUGUCCCCCAAGACUGUCCCAAGAAGCAGUGUCCCGGUCUCCUGUCCCCACUGCCGACCCCCUAGGACAGAGGAUCCAGGUGAUGCUGUCACCAGGGACCCCGUGGGACCGUCUCGUAGUGAGACCUUGCGAUGUCCCCUGUGUAGUCAAGUUGGGUCCCCCUCUGAGGGGGAUGGCCCAGACUCAGCCACCUCUGCGCCAGAAAAGGGUGCCACCAGGAGAAAUGCACCUUCAACGUCCAGCCCCAAGCAGAGGAGCAAGCGAACAGGGUCGCCACCCCGGCCGCCUCCUGGACUGUGGUAUCUGGCUGCCGCGCCCUCGGCACCAGCCUCUCCUGCCUUUGCCUACAUCUCCUCGGUUCCCGUCCUGCCUUAUCCAUUAGCCACUGUGUACUACGCACCGCCAGCACCUACCUCAGCCCCCCCAGUCCGAGCAGCCGCCGAGUGGCCCCCCGCAGCCUGCUCCCGGCCGUCCCGGGGACCCCGGCACUCCGUCCAGCUGGACCUGAAGGACCUGGAGGAGCUCAACAAGGCCCUGAGCCGGGCGGUCGAGGCUGCCGAGAGCGUCCGCUCCACCACCCAGCACAUGAGCCGCUCGCUGUCGGCCGAGCUGCGCCAGGCCCGCGGCCUGCGGGGCUCCUGCCUCUUCUGA